UUUAAACAUGAAUUUCACAGAGUAAUUCAUUUUGAUUGCAUCAUCCAAUUUCAUCAUCCAAACGACACCUAAGUGAAUUUCUUAACAGAUUGUUGCUCAUGUACCAGAAAAUAAGGGUGCGUUUAGAUAGAAUGAUUUGAAUUUGGUAUUUGUGAUUUAGAUUUCUAAAUGUCAAAUCAUGUGUUUGGAUAUUAAUCACAUUCAAUAUUUGGAUUUGUGCCAAAUUUAUGGGAUGAUUUCCAAAUACAUGUCUAGUAUAUUACUUGGACCUAUUUGUAAAAUAUUAAAAGUUUAGGUACUGUUUGAGCCCCAAUACUUAGGAGCCUGAUCCUUAGAACACCCGCUCCUUGUCCUGCGAUCCCUAGGCGCCUAUCCUGCCCACAUGCACAAAGAGCGGGGCGCCUGGGCCGUAAAUCAUUUGACGAUCAAGUUAGUUUUUUUUCUAGAAAGAGAAGUGUCUAACUCCAGUGUUUAGUGAGAGAAUCCAACUUGCAAAAAUGCUACCUACCGACCCUAUUUAUACUUACACAGCCUUGGACCGGGCUCCUCUAGUUCAGUUCCACGUCAGCAUCGCAUUUAAUGUUCCGUACUUCUGUCAGGCUAGGCGCCCCGACCAGCCUGUCAGCCUGAAAGAUGAUAGGCGCCCGACGUGGGGACUAUGGGCAGUCCGUACUUCCUUGGGCUUUUCUGAGUUUCGUCUCCAGGCCCCCUUCAUCACACCUGGCCUCAUCCCGGUGGGCUUACUUUAUGAUGAAGCCUUCUUCUUCCUCAUUGGGUCGUAUUGGGACUUUGUUUUGGACCUCUCCUUAUAAUACCCCGACCCAACAAUUGCCCCCCAGUUAGGCUCUCAAGACUCAAAAUUUGAGUGCCUAACUAUGUCUUUCGACGCAUCUGCUCCCCCCCCCCCCCCCCCCCCCCGGUAUGGUCAGACACCUUUAUGCAUCUCCUCCGUAGGUUAGGCGCCUCCCUACUGCUGCUAGCCAAUCGAAAGGUGUCUCUUUGAUGAGUUUCUUUUUGACCCACGACCCCCUAUGCAUUGCGGGCGAAUUACACCUGCCUAAUGGAUGCCCCCCCUUUUCCCAUUGUGGACACCUCGGUUCUCAUUCGAAACUCCUUCCCUUUCUAAACUGGGCGCCUGGAAAAUCCCCCCCCCCUUUUCUCGUCGUCGGCGCCUUAGUCCUUCAUGAACGCAUUCCAAGUUUCCAACCGCUAUGAUUUGCAAGAUAUUUUUUGAGGGCUUAAUAGGUUACACACCUCCCUUGCCCGUGAUGGUGACAUGUGGCGGAUGGGUGCGGAUGUCAAGGCGUGCCCCUUUCCUCUUAUAAAUACCUUUCAACCUUCUUCACCUGCAUGAUUAGUUCGCCCAAAACCCUUCCUCUCUCUAACCUCUCUCUAGCGCUUGUCUACCGUGGCCGCCGUUGACCCGCUCUUUUCACCGUUCCUACUCACCACUUAUGUCUACAUCCCAUGGUCAGGCCACCAGAGUGGGCGCCGCUCUGGAGCGAGGGGCCUCGUCUACUACCGGUAAGCGCCUAUCCCGCCCUUGGUGUUUAACACCAGUUUCAUUAUCUCUUAGUUUUCGUGAUUUUCCUUGAGGCGUGGGUGCCGCUUAGCUCGCUUUGCGGUGUGCGCCCGCUUCAAUUUUUUGUUUCUUUAGAGAGGGCGCCCCGGUCUGCUGGAACGCCAACCAUGUUGACGCCCGGUUUCAUGCCCGCAGGCGGCUCAUAUAAGAUCAUUCAUGGGAGAAAACUUUUUCCCCUCGACUAUUUGCCCAUCGACUCUUCUGAAAUUCCAUUCAACGUGGUCGGGCUAGAUCACCAAUCAACUGUGUCACGGGCGCGGGUAAUGGAACUGGUUACCAGCCUUCAACUGCCUCACAAUUGGUGGUAUGCGCCCGCUUCCCCUAUUAUAAGAGUGGGACUGUGUGGUCCCAAGUGGAUCGGGAUCUAUCAAGAAUACUUCCGCUUCGGGUUGCGGUUCCCGAUAGACCCAAUUUUGGAGGGGGUUUUGGCGACCUGCGGCUGCACGUUGGGGCACCUAUCUCCUUCGGUCAUACUGGUGUGAUUUUGUUCAAGUUGAAGUUAAGGGUGCAUAAUGUGAGGCCCACAUUUAACCUGUUUAGGUAUAUCUUCAAUGUGGUGCCACUCCAUAAUUGCCUAUCCUUAUAGAAGCGCACGAAGGUCCCACACCACUUUGUGGUUAAGUGCCCUAAAUUAGGGAGGAGUUGGUUUCAUGGAUUCUUUUUUGUUAAGGCAUAUCGAGAUUCCUUCUUCGAGAGUGAGAGCCCCUUCCUAACUGAAUGGGAGCUUGGAGAUGGGGCUGACUUUAACGUUGAAGUGCCCCUUUCUCCUAACAAGACUUGGGGUGCCAAACUGAUAUGCACUAUCCCAAUAAACCUUGACUGCGGAA